AUGGCGGCUGUGCAACUUCUGCUGAUUGUGUGGCUCGUAAAGCUACUAACUCUGAAUCUCACGUCCUCCUUGCUCCUGUCUCCUGACAGCCAGACAUCAGUGUUGACAGCCAAGGCAAUCAAUGACGUCUUCGAGACAUCAUCCUCCGGAGCUUGUUCAUUGAUCGCGAUGUCAGACGGGACAGCCUCGUCCUAUGAGGUGUCUAUGGAAUUGGCACUCAGCAACAGGGCAGCCGGUAUGGGCGUGUUCGAGGCGGAAGUGGGCGGUUCUGACGGCAAUGACACAGAGGACUUGCUCGCCCGAAUCAUCACUGAAGCCCGAAAGCUUCGUCAAGCAUCGUGGUGCACCAACGUGGUCGUACUGAGCGACGACCCCGCCUUCCUGGCCUCCUUCGCCGAGUCGUCGCUCCGGGGCCGCCUCCUGGUGUGGGCCACGAGGCUCCUGGUCGUCACCCGCCUGUCCCUUCAGGAGCUCCGGCGGCUCCUCUCCUCCUCCUGGACCUUCUCCAUGAUGAAUACGAUGAUGCUUUUGAUAGACAGUGAAACGGAAGUACUUCGCUGCAGCAUCUAUGUCCACCUCCCUUUCUCCAACAAGGCAAAGGUCGCUCAUGUUGUUUCCUGGACCGCCCCGCAGGAGCUCGUUCUUAAGGCGAAAACUGCGCUGUUCCCUGAAAAGUUUAAUAAUUUCCACGGCGGCCUCGUAAACAUCACGGCCCUGCCCUUCCGACCUUAUUGGGUGGAGGAGGUGAAGGAAGCAGCUGACGGAACCAUCGUUAAGACCUACGCAGGAUCCGACGGUCAGCUCAUGAACACAUUGGCAGAGAGACUCAACUUCACCUUUCGGGUUAUGGAGGUGAAGGACUGGGAUGAGGUGACCUCCAAGGUAGUGGAGCGGAAGUCCUUUAUGUCGGGAGUGUACCACGUUCUCCUGCCACAACGACUGAAGCGAUACGACUUCACCUUCGCCUACGAGAGAGCCAUCACGGAGUUCAGCAUGGCCAAGCCCGCGUUAAGGCCUCGGUGGCAGAGCCUGUACUAUCCUCUGGACGAGAGUGUUUGGCUCUGUAUCCUGGCCCUGUUGGCUCUCACGCCCCUCUUCGCCCUGUUGAUAAUCUGCGGCGGCAAAAUGGGCCAGAAGGAGGAGCGAGCAGACGCCCGGACGGUGGCGCUGGAAAUGGUCGGGUCGCUGCUCGGCCAAAGCAUCGCAGAGCGCACGGGCAAGCGCAGCGGAGGCCGGGUCAUGCUUGCCUCGUGGCUGAUCUUUGCCUUCAUCAUCACGACAGCUUAUCGCGGAAACCUCACCGCCGCCCUCACGCUGCCCAAGUACCCGCCGCGAGUGGAAACCCUGCCGGAGCUCGUCGAAGUGGUGGAUAAGAUCACCAUGCCUCCUUACGGCGCGGAAUUCGAGGAGUUUUUCAGCCAGUCCGACUCCCUGGUUUUCCAGACGAUCGCCAAGAAAAUGGAACUCGUGUCCAAUAUUCUUGAGGGAUUAAAGGGAAUCAACGAGAAGCAGUCGCACAUGGACGGCGAGAGAUACUUACGACUAACCAUUGCCGAGCAUUUCACCCUGGCCGACGGGAGCAACCGGCUGUACGUGGGCAGAGGGAGCGUCCUGCCAACUAUCGCUGGCCUGCCUAUACCGCACGAUGCCCCCUAUAAGCCCCAGGUGGAUCGUCUGCUGAUGACUAUCAUAGAGGUGGGGAUUAGGAGAUGCCAGAUGAGUGUCAUCCUGCCUAAUAGAUUCCAAAAGGAUGAUCUGAAACUUUGA